AUGAAUGAUGACGACGAAGAAGAUGUUUCAGUGGUGGAUAUGCCGACGGAUGAAGAGGCUGAAUUAGACCCAGAUAUGCGCGCAACUCUGGAGGAGGUGGAAAAGUCUUUAUUCGACAUCACUGAUGAACUGGCUUUCCGCCAGGAUGUAGAGAAAAGCAAUGAGGAAAAAACCGAGUCGCUCCAGCAACAGUUCCAUGUGUUGAAGAAAGAAUUGUUGAAUAUUGACAUGUUCAAACAGGCGUAUAAUACUGAAAUUGAAGCAGCAAAGGAGUAUAUAAAGGAUCUGAAGGAGAGCAACGAGAAGGUGUCAGAGGCGCUGUUGUACCACCGCCAUGAAAUUCGGAGUCUAAAGCGUAAUAACGGUAUUUCGCGUUCCAAGAUUAAGAAGUAUAAGCAGAGACUAGCGAACUCAGCAAAAAUGACUGAAGAAGCAAAGACCUCCAUUCAACCGUUGGUUCAAAAGUCUGCUGCGUUGUGUACUGAACGGGAAAACUUCGAGUUGGUUUGUGAAGUGAAAGACACAAGGAUUGAACUGCUUACGAAGGAGUUGGACGCACUGAAUAAAGAAAUAAGCCGCCUUGAAGAAGAGCAAGUAAAUGAGCAGUUGGUAAUGGAGGGACGUUAUUUUUUUGCUCGCUGCGGCAGCUUCUCGGACGACGAAGCGCCAGUUAUCAAAGGCGAGCCGUUGUCGUGCUGCUACGUUCCCAGCUGCCAGACAGCGAUGAGCAGUUUCUUAUCGCUUAAUUUCACAGCCUGCCUCAGUCCCCUAGCAGCCUGCGCAGCCUUCUGCACCCCGGGCGACGACCGAGGCGGUACAGUUUUGAUGGCGUCAAUACCACGAGGGGCUGUUGAAGAACUCUCUGAUUUCCUUGCUACACCCAAGUCGCCCGAUACGAGUCUUACACCCAGCACACCAGGAACCCCGCAUACACCCAGUAUACCGAGUCCAUCUGGUACUCCCAGCGCAUCAGAUACGUCCAGUACAUCCGGUGCGCUGAGUCUGCCCAGCACGCCAGCCACAUGCAGCAUACCCAAUACACCAAAUGCCAUGAGUACUCCCAGUACACCUGACGUGUCCAGUCCGCCCAGUGAAGAGUUCGAUAAAGCUAUUAAUGAGAACCAGGAUCUGCGACAGCUACUACUAGGCGACCAGAAAAACGUUCAGAAAGAAACAGAAAACAAAGAUGGGGUUUUAGGAAAACUAGAAGAGUUGCGAAGAAACGCUCAGGAACUUGAAGUUAAGCUGAAAGAGUUGAAAGAGGCGCAAAAGCUAGAAGAAAGCGAGAGCGACGAGAUCGAACAGGGAUGCACAGAAUUAUGUACGGCCAAUAUUUAUCACUAUACGGGGAAGUUAACUGAAGCGAGAAAAUCAUGUCGAGAGCUUGAACUUCAAGUCUCUUCGUUGUUCUUCGAGUGUGAUCGCCUGGAAACUGAAGCACAGCAAGCAACAGAAGAGACCCGCUGA